AUGGCCGCCGACUACCGGCUCCCCAUGUACCAGGUACCGCGGAAGCCCGUAGCCACAACCCACGCUGGAUUCAACUUCCACCAGCCCGCCGACGCUUCCAGUCCCAACCGACAACCCAACCCCAACUUCGAUACCUCGCCUGUCGCUCCCCAACGGAGCCGGACGUCGUCGUCCUCCGCUGUCCCGUACAUGGGCUCCUAUCCUACCCCCCAUUCCCCCAACUAUCACCUCCAGCGUCCCGGUCAGCACGCGGGGCCGUCGGUGCCGUCCGCUAAUAACGCCGCGCAUUAUCAUCAACAACCCCCCUCCCGACGGCUGUCCAACGCUACGACCUCGACCAGCUCGACAGGCGGCCAUUACCAGACCUACACCAUGUCCACUUCCUCCUCCGAUAUCCACCGCAGCGCUUCGUCGCGAUCCGCCAAUGUCCAACUCGGCUAUGUGGCGCUCAUGAGGCGGCAGAAAGGCACCGUCUGGUGUGACCGCGCACAGCCCGAAGACCCCCGUCUGCUGGCCCAGAAGCGCGCUGCCAAACAACGAGCAUAUAUGGAACUCAAUGGCGCUGGACGCACCGGGACGCUGGGCAGCGGCAAGAUCAAACACAACGGCAAAUCGGCGACCGACUUUUCCCCGGCGUCGCUCGUGGGAGCAACCGUUCCCGUCCGACUCAGUGCGAACGAGGUUGGUGACGACGACGAAGAUGAACGAAUUUCCAGCGAUGGCUUCCACCGUCGAACCGGCAGCGGUCGCAGCUCGAUGGGCAGCAUCCAUCGGUACCCCAGCGGCUACCAGCGACCUCAGGGAAAGACGCCGCCGAACGAACAGGCUGACAUUCCUGAAGUCACGGAAACGGCGCCUCCGGAGGAGAAACAGAAUCAUCACGAGGGCGGCGAAUCGAAAGGCGAUGACACCACUACCACCACGGUCGACAAGGACGCAGAAGAAGAGAACAGCUUCGGAGACGUUGGCGACAUGUCGGCACCCACUGCGGCCGAUGCCGCGAUGCAGAGGGCCAAGAAAGCCGAAGAACUUCGACGUCGCGGUAGCGUGGAUGAUCGGACAACCAGUAUGACGACCGGAGUGAGGUUGUUUGUCGCGAAUCCGGAUGUGGAUGAUUGA